AUGCAGCACUCCUACGACUCCCUCUUCGACGACUUCACCUCUUUCCUCUACUCACCAGAGUUGCACGCAAAGGAGAUACCACUCGAUCCUUGGUACGCGGCCAGCUUCCACGCUGACCUUGGUAGUCCACUGUCGGAUGGACUCGCUUCGGGAACUCCAGUAUCUGCGCUUUCUCUAUUAUACGACGGCUCGUCCGGCGCGCAAUCGGACUUCUACACUUGCAGCGGUCUCGACGACUUUGCCGGAAGUCCGAUAUCCGAUGCCUCUUCCCCUCGAUCAUUGUUCGACGACCCGACGCUGUCGCCCCCUACAUCCAUCAUCGACGACCGAGGUGCAGGUCUAGAUGAGACACUUGCAUUGCCGAGCGACUUCUCUCAUGCUUCUACAUCUCUCUUCGCGUACGACCGCCGGUCGCAUUCCUCAUCGACUUCCCAAACGUGUCCUUCGCCCUUGGCGAGCGUGUGGGAGCUAUCCAAUCUUCCCACCAGUUGUAGCUCAUCUCGGUCCGCGAGUCCGCGAGUCCCAACGAACGCGUAUAAGCCUUACGACACAUCGCACGAGUCCGACGCAAACGCAGACGGUGUGAGUGAUUCUGAGUCCGAAUAUGAUGACUCUGGCGACUCCGACUACGUUGAUGACGCCGACGAGGAUUACACACCACGACGCGCUUCCCACAAGAAGCCCACACACGCGAAACAUAGUCAUUCCGUCGCAAAACCCAGCCCCUCCUCCACCUCACGUACCGCACGCACUACACGUGUAAACCGCUACUCGCCCUACACGUCUCCUCGCGCAGGUUCAUCAAGCUCCGCGUCUUCGUCCGAAUGUGGUUCGCCUCGCACGCGCUGCCCUCAGCUCAAGCGCACAUCGGCACGCAAGGAGCAGAUCUCGGCUCCUGUACCGAGGACGCAAGUCACGUCGAAUAGCAGUAAGCGUUGGAACUGCCCGCUCUGUGACUACGUCCAGAAGAACCGCCGCCGCCCAGACCUGAAGCGGCACAUCUUGGGGCACUAUCAGGAGGACAAGCAUGUCUGCUGUGGCGUACCGUUGCACCUUGCUUCCCACUACGGCGUAGCUGAUACGGCAGAGGUGGUCGAGUGGCGGAGAGAGGAUAGGGUGGGAGGAUGCUGGCAGGUGUUCAGUCGUCGAGAUGCGCUUAUCCGCCACCUUAAAAAUCCGAAGAAGAAAUGCGUCAACCACGAAGCACUCCCUUCGAAGGUACUCAAGGGACGCAAAUAGCACGUUGGUUCCGUUGAAGUCUGGUGAGUCCCGUUGACACACGAAUUACACUCGUGAUUUUAACCUGGUUUUGUGGCAGUAGACUCGCCAGAUGGAUCGAACACUCUCCCGUAAUCCUCGGGAUUACUUCUUUGGCUUAUGUUUCCGCUCUGUAUUGAUACCUCCCUACCAAAUUGACGCU